CACUUCACGGAUAUCGCAAUCGACGACAAACACAUCGACUACCACACCAUCCACACACACACCGACAAUGCAGCUCUCCAUCAUCCUCGCGCUGCCGCUCCUCUUCUCCGGCGCCCUCGCUCGCCCGACUACGUUCAACGACGCUCCGAGCGCCGUCGUCAACGAGCAAGUCAUCGCUCUCGAGCUUCCGACUUUCGAAGGCGGCCUUUCGGCGCGCCCGACUCUGUACUGAAUGCUGGACCGGACCUUUGUUGUGGGCCAGUUGGACAUGUUUUGAUGAUGUCUGCGUGAGCUUGCGAUGGAGCUGUAACUACGACAACGAUUUUCUGGCGCUGGAUUUUCGACUUUGUGGUUGGAGAAGACCUGGUGAAUUGGUCUGGUUGACGUUGCCGCCUUGGGGACGGGGUACAACGUCUAGAACGAUGAUGGCCUCACCCUCCCUCAACGACGACGAUUCCCGCACCUGGAACCCUCGACUUGUGCCUACCGCCACGUCGAACCAGUAAUCUGCGCGGUCUCUCUGUUGUCCGCAGGCAUGUCUU